AUGGCGUUCCUGGAUAACGCGCUGGCGGCCGGGAUCGCCAUUGCGUUUUAUCUGUUGUUCAAACAAACUCCCAAGCCGGACCCGCGAUUCUUCGUUUCGCCGCAAGUACAGGACGGACUUGGUCCGAGGGGUUUAGGGUUGGGCCAUUCCGCUCGCAUAGAAACACGGAACAUCAGACUGAAGCUUGAUCAUACAGCAAACCAUGUCGUCGUUUUCUGGGGCUCGCAGAGUGGCACCGCCGAGCGGCUGGCCAAGGCGCUUGUGCGGGAGUUCAGAGAUCGCUAUGGAAUGCGUGCAAUCGCCGCGGACCUUGAUGAUUUCGACUAUGAACACCUUGAAUCGCUGUCCGCAAAGCAUUAUGUUGGGUUUGUCGUCGCCACGUUCGGCGAGGGAGACCCAACCGAUAACGCUGCCGGACUGCAUCAAUAUCUGACAAGCCUGGACUACGAUCACCGAAAACUCCAUAAUCUCAAUUAUUUUGUGUUUGGGCUUGGAAAUAGCACCUACCAGUACUUCAAUCGCUUUGCCGGCUUUGUGGACCAGGGGUUGGGUACGGCUGGUGCGCAACGCAUCGGCCCCGUGGGCAUGGCGGACGAGAUCGAACGGUCGGACGAUGUCUGGAACGACUGGAAGCACCAGAUACUGGAUGAACUACUUGUCCGUGGAGUUGGCAAGAAAUCAGACAUUGACGAGCCUGUGCUGCCGGAUCCCGAUUUCAAGAUAGUCGAUCGACCAUCGACUACACGAGAGCUGAUCCACUUGGGCGAAAGAAACGGGAAACAGCGUGGCCAGUGGCAGCCCAUUGUCGCGCCUGUCUGUCAUGCUCAGUUGAUCUCCCAGCCGGAGUCUGGAAUAUCAGUCCCACAUGACUAUUUGCACAUCGCUCUGGAGCUGCCAAGCGGUCCAUCCGGCUCGUACCACAGCGGCGAUCAUGUGGCAAUCUGGCCCAUGGCCCCAGAAGACGAAGUUCAACGUAUUGCACGACUAUUUGGCUGGAGUGAGAGAGAGUUACAUACAACGAUAGAUCUGGUAUCGUACAAAGACAGCUCAGGAUUGGCGUGUUCGAUUCCCUCUCCAACCACUCGGGACGCCAUACUUCGACACUACCUCGAUAUCUGUGGUGCAGUCAGUCGUGAAGUGCUGCAAGUACUUGUUCAACUUUCUCCAACACCCACGGCCAGAUCCUACCUUACAUCACUGAUGAGGGAAGACGGGACUGGUUGGCAGCUGGCUUGUUCCCGACACCUGACUGUCGGGCGCCUGAUGGAGAUUGCUGGUUCUAACCAAGAAGAUAAGUGGCCAGCGACCUUGUUUGAGCAGUUCAUCCAAUGUCUCCCAGUGUUGCAGCCACGAUAUUUCUCUAUUGCAUCUUCUCCAUAUGUGGAACCCCGCCAGCUAGCCAUCACAGUCGCCGUGCUUGUCCAUGAAACACUGGACCAGCAAAGAUUCUAUGGUCUAGCAACAAACUAUCUCUACUCCAUCUACCAGUCUCUCAAUCACAUAACCGUGAAAGAACCCAGGCGGCCUCAAUUUGCUAUGAGCGGACCUGGAGGUUGUCUCACUAGUGGAGAUAUGUAUAUACAGAUUCGUCCUUCCACGUUCAAGCUUCCACGCGAGAUGCAGCGUCCGGUCAUUCUGUUUGCAUCCGGGAGUGGAAUUGCACCCUUCAGAGGAUUUAUACAGGAGCGGGUAAGAGCAGCACUCGAUGGACAAGAAAUUGGGUCCAUUUUUCUAUUCUUUGGUUGCCGGAAUACAGCGGACUGCCUCUAUCACACUGAGUGGGAGAAGUUACAAGAAAGUUUGGCCUCCGUAGGAAAGAAGAGUCUUUUGGACGUGAACUAUGCCUUUUCCCGAAUGGGCAAAAGGGAGUAUGUUCAGGACCGGAUGGCGUCCCGCCAGCAGGAUGUACUUCGCUUGCUGCUCGAGGAUCAGGCAUCGGCAUACAUCUGUGGAAGUGUGAAACUCUCCAGUGGCGUCAAAAGCACUCUGAGAGAGCUCAUUGGCAACCACUGGGGGUGGGAAGAACAAGCAUGUGCAAAGUAUCUCGAGGAUCUGAAGGAAAGCGGAAGACUGCGCGAAGAUGUGUGGGCGUAG